AUGGAGAUCACAGCCAAGAUGCUGCAGUACUGGAGGCUUUACCUGCUGAUGCUGGUUCUGGGAAUUGGGGGAUCAUUUCAGUAUGGGAUCCAACUUUCACUGAUUGUUUCACCAGCAGAGCACAUUCAGAGCUUUGUGAACUUCACAUGGAUACUGAGGUACGGCACACCGGUGGCCGAGUCCACCAACCAGCUGAUCUGGUCCUUCAUUGUAGCCUUGAUGAGUCUGGGGGCCUGGGCAGGAGCCAUUCACAGUGGUAGCCUGCCCGUCACCUAUGGACGAAAAAAGGCUCUUCUGAUCAACAACGUUGUGGCGGUUGUUGCUGCCUUGCUAAUGAUCUUCAGUCGCAUGCUGAAGUCUUGUGAGAUGAUUCUGCUGGGAAGAUUUCUUUAUGGGUACAACGUUGGUCUUGGCCUCAGUGUUCAACUCAUGUAUCUCACUGAGAGCUCGCCAAAGGAGCUCAGAGGUUUCUUGACUCUCACCAGUGCCAUCUUCAUUGGCUUGGGGAAAGUGGUGAGCCAGAUAAUUGGCAUCAAAGAGAUGAUGGGGACAGAAGAAAUGUGGCCGUAUCUCUUAGCUAUUGGUGGUAUUCCAGCCAUCCUGCAGUUUGUGAUGCUUCUGUUCUUCCCUGAGUCACCUCGACAUCUUUACAUUGACAGAGGAGACACUGAAGGAAGCAAAACAGCCUUGCUGUGGCUGUGGCAGGAUGACAACUUAAAGCUGGAGCUGGACGACAUGCAGAGAGAACUGGAGAGCACACAUGGAGAGAAGGCCAGGACGGUGAAGGAUUUGCUCACCUCUCGCUGCGUGAGGUGGCAGCUGCUGACUCUCACCAUCCCAUGUGCCGGUUCUCAGUUCUGUGGCAUCAAUGCUCUGUGCUUCUAUGCCUUUGACAUCUUUCGUGAGUCUGGAGUGCCAGACAGCCAGCUGCAAUACUGGGCAAUUGGUAUUGGAGCAACAGAGCUAAUCACCACAACACUGUGUUCCUUCCUGAUAGAUCGAGCAGGCAGAAAGAAGCUGAUGGGCUAUGGCUAUCUACUGAUGGGUGUAACCAUGUGUGUUCUUACUGUCACACUGUCCAUGAAGGAUAGGAAUCCACAAAUUCCAUAUGUGAACAUUGCCCUGAUCUUUUUUGUCAUCUGCAUUUUUGGACUUGGGCCUUCUGGAGUAUCUUUUGCUCUCCCUGCUGACAUUUUACUUCAAGCCUGGCGUCCUUCUGCAUAUGUUCUCAUUGGGACCAUCAACUGGCUGAGCGUGUUUGUGAUUGGGAUGCUGUUUGGAUAUAUUGUGAAGGGACUCGGACAGUUCUGCUUCCUGUUUUUUGUGGCUUACACCUUUUUCAGUGGUGCCUUUGUGAUAUUUUUUGUCCCAGAGACCAAAGGAAAGACUCCGACAGAGAUCACAGAGGAGUUUAAUAAACUGAACUACAAGAGUAUAGAAAGUGACAGUGAAAACAUUGAAAUUGCAACAAAAUUGUAA